AUGUCUACUUCGAGGACAACGAGCUCAGGCUCGCCAUUAACUGGACAAUCUACCAACACAAGAGCUGGCCGCGAGCUAUUUCCAUCACGAAAUCACAGCAGGACAUUGAUGGAACUGCCGGAGCAGCUAAAAGGUGAAGAGGAGGAUGGUUCCGAUGAUGGAAUCACCGCAGGUGACGAGGAGCAAGGCAUAUUCGCGCAACAGAGUGUCUAUGGCAUGCUGGCGGCAACAACAUCGAGAGCGAACUUCAUGUUUGAGCAGGGUAGCGGGAGUGAGAGCGAAGGUGAGGAUAUCGCCGGAUUGAAGAAAGACAUCCCUACUGGUGGAGCCAAAGAUGGCAAGAAGUCAAAUCCACGCAGCUCAGGUCCAACAUCUCAAGUCAAGCCGGAUCCUCCGGCUACUCGACAUCGCCAGAGAUUAUCAGAGACCAAGUUGGCGCAGUCAGUUCUCAAACCCGCGCGGAAGCGCAAGGACUCACAAGCCAACGAUCCCAUGACGCAGUCACAAUUUUUGCCCCCGCGGAAAGGUGGUGAGGAAGAGGAAGAGGAAGAGCCCGCGCAGAAGCUGGAGGCUCUCCGCAAAGAAGCUCCCAUGCUCGAUCUCAAGAUGCAAGCCAUGGCGCGCGCUGGAUUCAACUCCUCAUCCACAUCACUGAGCGGCAAGCAGAGCGGCGAGAUGAAGCAGCACUACAAGCCACACAAAUCACUCCCAAAGGUGAUUGCGGGCAUCUUCCACUUCCCCGAGCCCGAGGAGAUCAUCGCCGAACUCCCAUGCUGGUACCUGCAGAACGUACUAUUGCAAGGGUUUAUGUACAUUACGCAGAAGCACGUCUGCUUUUACGCAUAUCUGGCCAAGAAGACAAAUGUCACCAUCAAGACCGGACAGCUGGGCAGGCAAGGGAAGCAUCGUUACGGGUUCAGCUACUACUGGUUCGUGUUGAAAGGCGAUAUUUUCUGCUACUAUAAGAACCCCGCGGAACCAUACUUYCCGCUCGGUGUGGUUGAUUUGAGAUAUGCAAUCUCUGCCGAUGUGUCAGACAAGGAGAGYACAGAAUUCAUCAUCACCACCCACGACAGAACACAUAACUACAAAGCGGAGACGCCAGGCGCGGCCAAGGAGUGGGUGAAGCAGCUGCAGAGGGUCAUAUUCAGGAGCCGCAAUGACGGCGACGCGGUGAAGAUCUCCCUACUUACCGAAAACAUUCUUGAUAUCGAAAAAGCUGAAGUCGUGGACUUUGCGGAGACUGUCAAGCUGCGGGUCGUUGGCAAGGAGGAGGAGAGUUACGCGAUUGACGAAUACUUCUUCACCUUCUUCAGCCAUGGUGAUGAUGCAUGGGAUGUGCUAAAGGUGCUGACAGAUGGUAAUGAGAGUGCGAAGCAGGCUGUUGCGAUGGAGUCUGAGGAGGAAGGGCAACAUCGAGGAAAAUCGCAGUCGUCGAAGUCCAGGUCGAAGCAAGCUAACGGUGGUCAACUUUUGAAUGUGGACAAGGGUCAAGGAUCCCCAAGUCGACGUAGUCAUUCGAGAUCGUCACUUUCUGCCUCGAUCCAGGAGUCGUCCGAAAGCUACUUGACAUCAGGCGAUGAGGUGGAUGCUAACAUGUCUGCAAGCCAGAUGUUGAGCGACGAUGGCCUUUUUGGCGGACCGACACUCCGAUCGCCGCAGAGGCAACGCCCUGUUUCAGGACCAUCCAAGGACCGGAUCCGUAGGGGGACAUCUCAACCCUCUUCUUCCAGAGACUCUAGUAUCGAACGCGACGACCUGCCUACUCAGCAUCCUACGCGACAAGGCCACCAUGCUCGCCGCCCGGACUUGGAGCCCAGGUCUUCCGCCGGAUCUGGGAGCACUCUUGACGCUGAAAAUUCAAGAGGGACACCUACUGACACUACUGCUUCAGGUCGUGUAAUUCGUGGGAUUUCAGCUCCCUUGCAACAGGCAGUUGCUGUCGCCGGCAUGGUGCGCGCCUCCAGUCAACGAAUGGGAUCUUACCUGGGCAGCAGCCCAAAAGACUAUAUCGGCAGAUGGUCUGGUGCUAUCACAGGUGGAAAGAAGCACUACAGUGAUGUCGAAGGUCUAGCGCCUGACGAUAGCGUCCGCGAUCUCGAGCAAGCAGGUGAUGUUGAGAACGACCAACUGCGAUUUCAAACUCACUUCGGCUUGCCGCACACCGAGGAAUUGAAAUCCACCUUCUUUUGCUGGCUACACAAGACAGUACCUCUCUAUGGCAAAGUCUACAUGAGCCAGCGGAGAUUCUGCUUCCGAAGCUUGUGGUAUGGGACCAAGAUCAAGCUCGUCAUUUCAUUCAAGGACAUCGUAACUGUUCAUAAGCAACGCGGUUUUCGAUGGGGAUACUCUGGCAUGGUUCUUGUCAUCAAGGGUCAUGAGGAGCUCUUUCUUGAGUUUGGCAAUGCUGGUCUUCGGGACGAUUGCGCUAUCACUGUGCUUCGUAGCCUGGAGAAUGGCUCUCACGCAUUGGAGUCUACAAUUCUGGACGAAGAAGAGCUUCAACUGGCCGAAACGGCGGCGGCUGAGAACGAGCUGUUGCAGGCUGCAAGGAAGGACAGCUAUGCGAAGUACGAGACUCAGGUACCGCGUAGUGUGCAGCAGACGGAGAACGAUGGUCCGCCGAUACUUUUCGACGACAACGGUGCUUCAGUGGUGGAAUUCAAACCGAAGAGUCCGAUGAACAUCACCUGCCUCACCAUCGGCUCACGCGGCGAUGUCCAGCCGUACAUUGCCCUCUGCAAAGGCUUCAUCGCUGAAGGCCACUGUGCCAAGAUCGCGACUCACAAAGAGUUUGGACCUUGGGUCGAGAAGCACGGGAUUGAAUUCGCAGAAGUUGAAGGCGAUCCAGCCGAUUUGAUGAGAAUAUGCGUGGAAAACGGCAUGUUCACCCCAUCCUUUUUCCUCGAAGCCAACUCCAAGUUCCGCAGCUGGUUAGAUGGCCUUCUGGUCUCAUCAUACGAAGCCUGCAAAGGCGCCGAUCUCAUCAUCGAGAGUCCAUCUGCUAUGAGUGGAAUUCACAUCGCCGAGAAGCUCCAAGUUCCGUACUUCCGCGCCUUCACCAUGCCAUGGACACGCACACGAGCCUAUCCUCACGCCUUCUCCGUACCUAAUUCCAAGAAAGGUGGUGCCUACAACUACAUGACCUACACCCUUUUCGACAAUGUCUUCUGGAUAGCAAUCAGCRGGCAGAUCAACCGCUGGCGUGCUAAGACUCUUGGGCUGAUGCCUACAAGUCUGGACAGACUCCAACAAAACAAAGUCCCUUUUCUCUACAACUUUUCCCCGAAUGUCGUGGUUCCUCCUCUCGACUUCUCCGACUGGAUCAAAGUGACGGGAUACUGGUUCCUCGACGAAGGAGAAGCCUAUACACCUCCCGCCGACCUCGAAGCUUUCAUCCAAAAAGCCCGGGACGACAACGUCAAACUCGUCUACAUCGGUUUCGGUUCCGUCACAGUCGCCGAUUCUCAACAGCUCAUGCAACAGGUCAUGGACGCCGUCCAGAAAGCCGAUGUACGAUGCAUCCUCUCGAAAGGCUGGUCCGAUCGCUUCGACGCAAAACCAACCUCAUCCGCCAGCCCAGCAGCCGAACUCCCUUCUUACAUUCACCAAAUCCGCUCCGCACCCCACGACUGGCUGUUCGCUCAGGUCGAUGCUGUAGUCCACCAUGGAGGAGCCGGAACCACCGGCGCAUCACUCCGUGCGGGAGUACCUACAAUUAUCAAACCCUUCUUCGGCGACCAAUUCUUCUUCGCCACAAGGGUCGAGGAUCUGGGAGUUGGGGUACAAUUGGAGGGCAAGAUAUCGAGUUUGAAAUUGGGCAAGGCGUUGUGGAUUGCUACUCAUGAUGCGAGAAUGCAGAAGAAAGCGAAGGAAUUGGGGGAGCUGAUUCGAGGGGAGGAUGGGGUCGGGAAUGCGAUUCGGGAGGUCUGGAGGGGUUUGGAGUAUGCCAGAGGGCUUGUGGAGAUGRGGUGUCGAGGGGAGGGGGGCGAGGGACAGGAAAGUGUGGGGACGGAGGAGAAUUGGACCUUUGUGGAGAUCGAGGGUGAGGAAGGGGAGGAGCGCGAGGAUGGGGGGGACGUUGUCGACCCUGCACCAAUCACUACUGGUGUUGCGGUGUGA